UUGGGAUUGUUUCCGGGUCAGGGUCGAGCAGAACCCUCGUGGUUCCGGUUUUUCUGUUUUCACGCGUUUCUCACUUUUCUGUCAGAACAUUUAUAUCUUUAUUUGUUAGAACAUUUAUAUACAUCUGUUACAAUAAAUAUAAAUCUAUAUACCUGUGUUUCCUCCGGGCUUUUCCUCCGGCUCUUCUGCCCUUGUUUCGCGGAGUUUCUGGCGCAGACAUGGGGCCGCCGCGCUCAAAGAAGCGACGUCCGUCCUUCCGGAAGCUGCUGAAGACUUCAGGAGUGAAACUGGAAAACAAACUGAAAAAUAAAACGUUUAAACAAGAAAAUGCCGCCAAGAAACAGCGCAAAGAGCAGAAACGUCUGCGGAAGGCCCUGAAGAGCGCCGCCAACAGCAAACCCCAGGAACUGCACACCUUCGCCAAACGCCCAGAUGAGGAGGAGGAGGAGCAGUUCUUGGAGGAGUUGCCUUCAGACAUGUUGGAGGAGGAGGAUCUGCAGAUGAAGGAUGGCCCAGACAGGCCCAGGAGGAGGAGCAGAGUUGCUCCGGUCCAUAGCACCAAAAAGAGGAAGUCUGAGCUUCUGCGAAACCUGGAAAAAAUCCCACGUAAAAUGUCCCGAACCGAAGAAAAAGAAGUGAUUCACCUGCUGCCGAUAAAGGACAAGAAAGGAGUGAUCCCCCAGUCUGUGGAGAGAGUGAUAAAGAGAGAGGAAGAGGAGGAGUCUGAGGAGGAAGAGGAGGAGCCACAGCAGGAACAGGAAGUCACUGACCAAUCCGGGGCAGACAUGAGUCCAGAGCACAGGGAGCAGCGCCUGACAGAGAGGAAACAGCAGAUGGCAGCACUGGCCUCAGCUGUGAUUGCUGACCCGCACAACAGCAUAAAGUGUUUGAAGGAGCUUCGGUCGCUGCUGUCUGAACCGGACCCUUCCAUCGCGGUGACGGUGAAGAAACUCGUGAUGGUUUCUCUGAUGGAGGUUUUCAAAGAUGUCGCUCCAUCAUAUAAAAUCAGACCCUUGAGCACCACAGAGAAGAGUGCCAAGGUGAAGAAGGAGACUCAGGCGCUGCGAGAGUUUGAGGAGGGGCUGCUCAGUCAGUACAAGUUUUACCUGGAAGACCUAGAGCAGAUCAUCACAGACUGGAGGGGAAGCCGGACUAAGCGUGUCCAGACCGUGUCCUUGGACUCGUACCGGGGUCUGGCUCUGGUCUCAGUGAAGUGUUUGUGUGAACUUCUCCUGCACCUGUCACACUUCAACUUCCACAACAACAUCAUCGUCGCCCUGGUGCCCCUGAUGAACCACCAGGACCAGCAGGUCUCAGAUCUGGUCUGUGGAGCUUUUCGGGCGCUCUUCGUCCAGGAUAAAGUGGGCGGAGCCUCGUUGGCGGCCGUCAGAGUCAUUUCAGGACUUGUCAAAAGUCACAACUACGAACUCAAACCAGAGGUGCUGCAGACGCUCCUGUCGCUCAGGAUCAAAGAGGUGCAAAUGAAAAAAGACCUGGAGGAAACAGCCCCGAAACACAGAAGCAUGAAGAAGAAAGAGAAGAAGAACUUGUCCAGGAUGGAGAGGAAGUGGAAAAAGGCAGAGGAAAAGCUGCAGAAGGAGCUGCUGGAGGCAGAGGCCACAGAGUCCAAAGAAAAGAAACUGAAACUGCACACUGAGGUCUUGAACGUGAUCUUCGUCAUUUAUUUUCGUAUUCUGAAAAAGGCCCAAAAGUCUGUUCUGCUACCGGUGGUGCUGGAGGGGCUGGCCCAUUUUGCUCAUCUCAUAAACCUGGAGUUUUUCGACGACCUUGUCACUGUCCUGCAGCAGCUCAUCCAAUCAGGAGAGCUGUCAAAUCGAGAGAGUCUCCACUGCAUCCAGACGGUCUUUACCAUUUUAUCAGGACAAGGAGACGUUUUGACCAUCGACCCUCUGAAGUUUUACUCUCAGCUGUACUCAGUGCUGCUGCAGCUGCACGCAGGCUCGUCUAACGAUGACGUGCAGAUCGCGUUGCGUUGUGUGGACACGAUGUUCCCACGGCGACGGAAGCAUGUGUCCCUCCAGAGAGUGAUGUCAUAUCUGAAGCGUCUGAGCACGCUCAGUCUGCACACGCUGCCCAACGCUAGCAUCGCCAUUUUAGCCACUAACAGGACGUUACUGCAGACUUUUCCGCGCUGUGACGCUUUACUCGACACUGAGGUUCAGGGCAGCGGCUGUUUCCUCCCAGAACUUAAUGAACCGGAGCACUGCCACGCCCACAAUGCCACGCUGUGGGAGCUCCGCCCCCUGCAGAGACAUUUCCACCCCACCGUCCAGACUCUGGCCUCUCAUCUGAGUCAUGGGGCCCCGACUGAGGGUUCCAAGGCCCUGAGCGCGGAGCUGAGCCGGAGGCCGCCUGAGGACCUGUUUGAGGACUUCAGCAUCAAAGACAUGAGCUUCAACCCCCCAGUGUCCAGCCAAUCAGCAGGCAGAAGGAAACAGGAGCACUUUGGUGUCGGAAACUCUUUUCUCAGCAAAGACCUUCAGAAACUCAUUGACGAUGUUCUGACAUCACCGUGCAAGUGGGCGGAGCCUUCACCUGCUGACAGGGCGGAGUCGGGCUUCACCUGAAAGAGCCUGUAAGAGCUCUGUUUUAUGAACUGUUGAAGACCUGGCUGGAGUCUGAUGAUCUCCUAUAAACCUAUAGAAGGACUCUAUGGGGCACUGUAGGAUGUUCUUGUGAAUAAAGAUGUUUUUAAAUGAAAAUGAGAUACAAAAGAAUGACUCUGAAGUCUCUGACUGUAAAGCUGCUUUUUCAUUGUGUAACUUAAAUUAGAAAUACUUCAUGAAUUUCUUUAGGGUAAUAAUGUAUUUGUAAAAAGUAAUAAUAUAUUAUCAUCUUUUUGAUAAAUAUGUAUAUUAGGUCUUCACCGAUAUAUGUGGAGUUACGUCACUUUAGCCUGAAGUGGUCGUAUCUCGGGAACGGAAAGUCAUAGAGACUCGCAACCAAGACUGGUGUGUUCAUAGCCCCCGAAAUAUGUCUGAUGGAUCAAGGUUCCAAGUCUGUCUGACCUUCCAUUCUCGAGUUAUCAUGAAAGGGUAAGGGUUAGAAAUAUGUCCCCAGCCGGGAAUGGGUGAUGCUCGGGCUCUCUCACGGUGUUAGGGUGUUAGGGUUAGGGACUCCCAGACUUCCCUCACCCCAGGCACUUCCUCCAACUCCUCCAGGGGGACCCCGAGGUGUUCCCAGGCCAGUCCAGAGACAUAGUCCCUCCAGUGUGUCCUGGGUCUUCCCCGGGGCCUCCUCCCGGUGGGACAUGCCCUGAACACCUCCUGAGGGAGACGCCCGAACCACCUCAGCUGGCUCCUCUCGACGUGGAGGAGCAGCGGCUCUACUCCGAGCUCCUCCCAUGUGACUGAGCUCCUCACUCUGUCUCUAAGGGAGCACCCAGACGCUCUGCAGAGGAAACUCAUUUCAAGCGCUUGUAUCCACGAUCUUGUCCUUUUGGUCAUUACCCAGAGCUCAUGACCAGAGGUGAGAGUAGGAACAAAGACUGACCGGUAAAUCGAGAGCUUUGCCUUUUGGCUCAGCUCCCGCUUCACCACAACGGUCCGAUACAGCGACCGCAUCACUGCAGACGCUGCACCGAUCCACCUGUCAAUCUCACGCUCCAUCCUCCCCUGACUCACGGCCACAUGUCGCUCCUUCGGGCUGAGCCCGGCCCGAAUGAGAGAGAAUUUCCACACAUGACACAGGACUGGAUCUACAAUAAUGAGACAAGACAUAUUUUUCAAAGUUCCAUCCAUCCAUCCAUUUUCUUCCGCUUAUCCGGGGCCGGGUCGCGGGGGAAGGCCCGGCCACCAGGCGCUCGCUGGUGGCUGGCACUGGAGGUGAGGAGAAACCAGGAUCAUGUCCUGCUCCAAAGGGGAAGGGGAUCUGUGUCCAUGAGUGUGACUCUGACCAGAACUGUCCUGGUGUUCUGAAGAGCUGAAAUCACAUCACUCACUCCACUGUAAAUAAACCAGAAUCCAAACCAGGAUCAUGCCCUCCUCCACUUCAUCACCACCACCACCCCCACCCGUGUGAAGAUGAAUGUGCAGCAGACUGCGAGUGUCCCAAGAACCUCAAAUGCUGCUACGUCGGCUGUGGACGCCAGUGUGUGUGCCCUGUACACAUAUAAAUACACAACAGAACCUGCUGAUGUGUGUCCUGUUUUACUUUCUGUUUAAUAAAGACGACACACUUCAA